CAAAGUCCCAAACCUUGUAUAUUGGGGUGACAACAACAGUUAUGGGGUUUAAAAUGUGAAAAAGAAAAGUAUGACGACGAAACAAUAAAAAAAAUAAAAAAAAUAAGGUGAGAACUCCAUGCAGAGUGCGUGGAUGAGGAUAAGGUUAAGCCAACAGUUUCUUCUGUCCCCUCCUCAAAACUUUUUACUUAUCUUCUUCCAUUUUAAAUUUUAAUGAGAAAAGUAGUAAACAACAACGUGAUAAAUAUUUAAAUAAUUCCUUUUUUGUUUUCACUAGCAUUUAAUGUUAUUACGAAACAACCAGAGCACAUAGACAAGAAGAUCACAUUAUAAAGCUCUCAUCUUUCUCUUCUCUUUCUUUCUCCUGUAUUUGUAUUGUGUGAUUUAUUAGAGAAAGUUCCAAGAUUUUCUACUAGCGAUGGAUAGUGUUGAAUCUUAUGAGUUUAAUAUCUCCGGCGAUAAUUCUGAUGAAUCCCCGGCGAUGCGUAGUUGGUUCUCUCCGUCCCCGUCUGACUCUUCCUCUUCUCCUUCUUCUUCUGCUUCUUCUUCCAUUGGGAGGAAUAGCGACGACGGUCAGAAAUCUUCAGAGGACGGUGGAGAUGACGCCGGAGAGAAUGAAGUUGAGUCUCCGUAUAAAGGUCCUCUUGAAAUGAUGGAGUCUCUCGAACAAGUUUUACCUGUUAGGAAAGGGAUAUCGAAGUAUUACAAUGGAAAGUCAAAGUCUUUUACUAAUUUAGCGGCGGAGGCAGCGUCGGCGUUGACUUCUUCUUCGUCGAUGAAAGAUUUAGCGAAGCCGGAGAAUCCGUACAGUCGGAGGAGGAGGAAUCUUCUCUGCCAUCAGAUUUGGGAGAAUAACAAGACGACUCCACGUGGCGGGAUCUCGAAGAAACACGUUAUGAGUUCUAGCAGAAGUGCUUUGACGCUUGCUAUGGCGGUUGCGGCUGGUGUGAUGACCGGAGAAGGAUCUUUAUCAGGAGGAGACUCGUCGCCGGGAUCAAGUCCGACGACAUCUGGAUCUCCGCCGAGGCAGAGACAUCAUCAACUUCAGAUGAAGAAGCUUCCUCCCUUGUAUCCUAGGAGUCAAGGGUCUUUUGGUAAUUUGACGUCGUCUCAGUCGUCGUUGGGUUUUUGUGCCUGGAGAUCGCAUUCUGUGGCGGAUUUUCCGAGGUGUUUUCCGGCGACGGCGAGUGGGAUUGGGUUUAAUGACUCGUAGGAAAUUAUGAUUUUGUUAAAUUUUUAUAGUUUCGAAGUAGUAACAACAUCCGGAGAAUGUGUAUAGAAGAGUUUCAACUUUCAAUACUUAUGAAUGGAUCCAUAUCUUUAUUUUCCAU